CUUAUUUUAUUUUUUAUAUUCCAAUGCACACAACAAACACCAAAGACAUAUCGCUUAAAUGGGAAAAAGCGUUAACACAGUCUUUAGGCCAGCGGAGUGGGAUAACUCCGAGGAGCAGGAGACACCCAAGUUGGAGUACCUGGUGACCAACAAGAAGACACCGCCAGUGGAACUCUACCUCACGGCAUUCGCCUCCGCCUGCAGUGCCGAGAUCGUGGGCUAUCCAUUCGACGUGUGCAAGACGCGCAUGCAGAUCCAGGGCGAGAUCGCCAGCAGGGUGGGUCAGAAGGCUAGGUACCGGGGUCUGCUGGCCACUGCCAUGGGAAUCGUCAGGGAGGAGGGUCUGCUGAAGCUCUACGGCGGCAUAUCCGCCAUGCUGUUUCGCCACUCCCUCUUCAGUGGCAUCAAAAUGCUGACCUACGACUAUAUGCGUGAGAAGAUGAUCGUGCCCGACGCGGACGGCAGACCGCAGCUCUCCUUUCUGGGUUCCUGCAUCAGUGGCGUUGUGGCCGGCGCCACUGCCAGCGUGCUCACCAAUCCCACCGAGCUCAUAAAGAUCCAGAUGCAGAUGGAGGGCCAGCGGCGUCUGCGUGGCGAACCACCACGCAUCCACAACGUCCUCCAGGCCCUGACUUCCAUUUACAGAACGGGUGGUGUGGCGGGGCUCUGGAAGGGAACGGUUCCAAACACGUGGCGCUCGGCACUCGUCACCAUAGGGGACGUCAGCUGCUACGACUUGUGCAAGCGUAUGCUGAUUGCCGAGUUCGACCUGGUGGAUAACCGAGAAGUCCAGUUCGUAGCCGCCAUGACCGCCGGCGUAGCGGAUGCCAUACUGAGUUUGCCAGCGGACGUGGUCAAGUCCCGGAUCAUGAAUCAGCCCACUGAUGAGCAGGGACGCGGGCUGCAUUACAAGGGCUCCCUGGACUGCCUAAGCCGAUUGGUGAGGGAGGAGGGCUUCCUGGCCAUGUACAAGGGAUUCCUUCCCUACUGGAUGCGUGUCGGACCUGCCUCAGUGGUGUUCUGGAUGACCUUCGAGCAGAUUAGACAUUUUCGCGGCAGUGAAGGUUACUAGGCUACUGCUAUUUAAAUUCUGCUGAUUUAUUAUUUAAAAAGAUACAAGA